CACGCCGCCACUCCACCAUUGCCCGCCGGCGCGGCGGCGGCUCCGCGCUUUGGACGAGGCGUCGAGGGACGGAUCGGUAGACGAGGCCAGGGAGUGAAGGAGAGAGAGAGAGAGAGGGUGGGAAAGUGGAGCGGGAGGCUGCAGGCAGCGGCCUUCUUGAAUCUGGAGAGGUGCGGGGCUACUUCCUUCCCCGCCCUGCUCUGUGCAGGUUGCUCCGGGUGUGUGUGCGGGGGCGGGAGUGAGGGUGUCGGUGUCAGGUAGGGCUUUGUCGCUGGCCGUGGUUUUUCUCAGGGCGGCCUGGGUUUCCUUUGUGUCGGUCUGGACUCCCCCGCGUGUCCCCUGAGGCGGCAGCCUGGGAGGAAUUGUUCCCCGCUCUAGGUCGGGCCUGCACCCAUCGUGGGUGCCGAGCUAGCGAGGGUGCAGCGAAAGGUGCGCUGGCCAGUGGGUUUUGUGGGCUCUGGGACCGAGAUGCCGCAGUUGAGGUCAGGGAAAGUGGUGACAGCCAGCGAAGUGAAGCAGGUUGACUCGGAGGUCAGCAGCUCCGGCUCUUCGGGGGCAGGGUGUGAGCCAGGGGAAAAGCUGUUAGUCAAGCAGGUUCCUCGCCUGGCACCGAAGAGGAAGCCUGAGCAGCCCUUUCCUUCCCUUCCACAACGUGACAGGCUCUCUGGCCCUUCCUUUAAGUGUUUUGCUCUUCCUUUGCCCGUGCAGAAGGAGCAAGGGGAAAACAGACAGAAAUUCCCAGGUAAAAAAAACAAGGGAAUCCAGCACAGGAAGUCUAGAAGAAAGAAGGGUAUAGCUUCAGUUUCAGACACAGCUGAGUGUGAAGAUUGGCAAGCAGCAGCCACGGCUGCAGAAAUGUGCUGGCAAGAGACCCUAAGAGGGACAGGUCAAAACCAACAGUUAUUUUUCUCAGGGACUGCUUUGCAGAAUAAAUUCCUAGCAGGAAUUGAAAGGAAUGAACAUUGCUCAGAAGAACUGAGCUACUCAGGUUUCCACAAGGGUUCAAAGAGCUCAGGAAGAGAACAUAAACAUUCCUGUGUGGAAAUAAAAUUACAAGUCCCAUCCUUAAAGGAGGAAAUUGAGAGCACAGAGAGACAUGGUUUUCCAGAGCCAGGUCUUCAAUCCAAAAAGGUCACACAGAGUACUGAAGUGAAAUGCACUGACUCCAUAAUAUCACAGAAUAUGCAGAUCCCAGAUUUUUGGAAGAAUUUGGGCACUCAGGAAGCGAUGCCUGAACCAAAACCUCAGGAAGAGGUUGAUACAGCAGAGAAGUUGAAUGGGUGUCCAUUAGUUGGAUCAAGAACACUAGGGACACAGGAAAAAGGAAGGAGAUGCUUGGGCAAGGAAAGCAAAUCAGUGGUGAAACCAAAAGUACAUGGUCCCAGAGAGAGGAAUAGUUCUGCCUUGCUGGAACAGCAUACACCAUGUCCAGAGUCCAGGAAAGGAGGUCUGAGUAUUAGGAACAGAAAUGCAUUGCUGUCACAGAAGCUGCAGGAUCUGAGUGGACAAGAACAACCAAUAGCCAGGAGAAAGAAGCGUUGCAGGAAAGAAGAGCAGCGGAGCUCAAGCCAUCAGAAAGGACCAGACAGCCCAGGGGAAAGUGCAGAGGAACAAUUAAAAGCAACUGAGCAAGACUCUGGUACUUCACAGGCUGUGAAGAAGGUUAAGACAAAGCCAAAGCAAAACAGGGUGGAAGAUUCUAAGGAAAAGGAAUCUCACUAUUCUGGAACUUCCACAGUUUCUACUUCAGGUGACACUGAAAGCAAGAGCUUUCUAUGCCAUCCUGUAACAGAAGAGCCCGGUGCUCAGUGUAGAAAAAGGCAACACAGAUCUGGUCAAAUGAAGCACUUGCAAAGUUUAAGUGGGACUGCAGCUGAACAGGUGUUGAGUACAUCUGCAAAAUGUGAUGCUGAACAUGGCAGUAAUGCCCUACACCAUUGCAGUGGCUUGCUCUGUGCAACCGAAAAGAAUCCAUUUGUCAGAUUAGAGGACUGUAGUUAUAUCAAUACAUUAGUGAAGCCUUCAGCUAUUGGAACUACCAACAGUUAUAAAUUGAAUGGAUUCUUCCAUGUAGCCCAUGGUACUGGAGACCUGAAUGAUAGAAUUUGCAACACUAGUAGAAUGCAAAAUGAGAGAUCACUCAUAAAAGGUGGUUUAUCAUCUAAUAAAGAAAAGAAUGAAAAUGAAGAAGGCUGUGUUUCAUGCUGCAUGAAUGAAAACAGUAAGUGUUUAAGGGGGAAAAACUGUAAUAUUGGUAGAAAGCAUAGAAAAAAGAUGAAAAUCACAGAGAAGUCUGCAGAUGUGGCUGGUAAAUCCAAGAAGUGUGAGUUACAAACAGAAGCAGCAGUUGCCAUGUCAAAUUCAUUUGCAGUUUCAGGACUAAAUCAUACUCUCUCAGCUUCAUGCGAUCAUACAUCAGAUUUUGAUACAGAAAAAAAUACUCAUGAACUUCAAACUGUAUCAGCCUGGAGAAAGAGCAGUAGCAAAUUACUUGCACUUGAAACUGGCUUUAAGAAGACAUCUGUGCUCUCUGCAAUAGUAAAAGGAGAAAAUUCAAGCAGUAUGGCAGAUUAUGCAGCUGCCUCAGAUAGCCUGAGAGUAUUAGCUCAGAUCCAUGAUGUUUCUGAUUGUCACAAAAGCAAGGCAGGAGGAAAUUUGAACGAAGUUAAUAAGAAAUUGCAGCAGUUUACCUGUCAAAGAACAAUACCCAUGACUGGUAAAAAAGUUUGGCCUGUUGAAUCUUGUGCCAGGACUUCUGAAUGGUUUCUUAAAAAUCAUAGGUCAGAAGAAAAAAGACUUUUAAAGGCUGCUUUUGAGGAUUCCUCUGAUAAAAGCAGUGUUAAAGCUGUAGGAGAUGGUGCAAUGAUUGGGAAUGUGAGACAGCUGGAUUUGCAUGCAUCACUGGCAGAAAUUACAAAAGAAAUUACACAUAAAAAGAUUGAUCCAAGAUGA